AUUGAGAGGUAUAGCAAAGAUGUGCGCGACACCAAGCCUCUUACACAACCCGCUCACACGGACUCUUUCUUUCUCUCUGUCUCACUUUCUUUGCAUAGUAACCACAACUGAAAAGCAUAACAUCAAAAACGUCAGGAUACCGAUUGUCACGUGACACGGGGACGCGUUGAGUCUUUUCCUCUUCUGGUUAGUAGCCACUACCGGGGUUGCACUGCUUUUGGACGUUUUGUGGCCUAAGCACGAAUUUAGAGGGAGUUUUUAUCGAUGACUGCGGAAUUAUUUCUGUAGUUUGAAUGGACUGUAUACAAUAUACAGCUCCGAAACGGUACAGCAGGGAUAUGUAAACACAUCGCUUUCGAGGUUGGUUGAUGCUUUGAAGCACUUCAAAAUGUGAAGCUGUUGAAUAUGACGCAUUGUGGUCUGAUUAUAAUGGAUGUCAUUGUGACCAAGAUAAAUUGUUUAUCCGAGGCUGCAAGGGGAUGUGCAACUAAAUUUACCAAAGGAAGGCACUUUGAUCAAGAUGUGAGCAAGGCUGCCUCGUGAUCAAAUGCCCAGGGGUUCAUUUUUCCUGCUAGAAUGUUUCUUAUGAACAUUCAGCCUUCAGUUGCUUUGCAGACACAAUGGAGGUCAUUCACAUUGUCCAACUGCAACCUUCCUGUUUGCUUUUCUGAGUCGGAAGAAGAAAUUUCUGGAAUAUCUGUCCAUGCAAAAGUGCAGAUGAUCAUAGACAGCUUAAAAAGUGAAGAAUCUUCCAUUGAUAUGAACAAUGAAUAUGAAAAUGUUAUUAAAAAAAAAGUGGUUGCAGAUAAGUAUGACAGUUGUAUUAAGAAGGGAGACUCACCAGUAGUUAACAAGGGGAUAAUUUUAGAGCAUGCCAGCUGUGACUUGCCUACCAACUUGGACGAGGAUGAGUGUUCAGAGUUGGGCCCACUGGUGCUGGAUUCGGACAGUGAUGAUUCUGUUGACAGAGAUAUAGAAGAGGCGAUUCAGGAAUAUUUAAGAACUAAGACAAAAUCUGAUUCUUUGUCUGACAACUCCAGAUGUAAUGCAGUCAGAAAGGAGCAAGUGUUCAAAAAAACAUCUGCACAAAUCAAAUUGGGGAAGAGUACUGUACCAUCUGUUUUACUUCAAACCAAUAAUGGUGCAACUGCAAAAAGUUAUACAUGUUUGGAGGCAAAACCCGGUAGAAAGUCUGGGUGCUCAUCUCCAUCCAGUGUUAGCAGUGAUGAUUCAUUUGAACAGAGCAUACAGGCUGAAAUUGAACAGUUUCUACAAAACAAAAGGCAUAAAGAAGCUAAUAAUGACUUUAAAACCAGUACAGCACAAGUAAACAAAGCAAUUCUAAGCAGGCAGUCAGGCCAAAAGCUUGCACCUUUAAAGCCCCGUUGUCAGACUAAGAGAGGUGCCGACAGAAAGCACAGUGUGGUUAACCAGGGAGGGACAACAUGUGCAGCAGCUGAGGAACUCUGGAAGUCCAGUAUUCAACCUGAUGAGUCAAAGCCUGCUAUCAGAACUGAAAAAGUAAAGGAAUUAAACCAUACACAUUUUAAAAAGCUGGUGAGAAGCAGGUAUGCAGCAUCGGUGUGUGGUGAAAAAAAAGCCCACCAAAGUUGUAGCACUUCAUCAAAUACUGUAAAACCUUUAAAUGGAACUAAAGCAUCAUCAGUUGAAGAGUUGUCUGAUUCAAGUAGUGAUGAUGGAAUUGAAGAAGCCAUUCAGCUUUACCAGCGGGAGAGGCGAGCAAAAAAAGUAUGUGAUUCAGCAGUAUCAAGUGCUGAUUUACAAGUUAAGCAUACUUUAUGUAAGGGUUCCAAACAAGCGUGUCUGGAGGGUGGUGGUUAUACAGCAGAAGUUUUGUCCAUUGAAGAACAGCACGAGUCUCCUAGUAAAAAAAGAGAAUUUUGUUGUACAAGUUCUUCAGAAGAAACUCCUGCUUGCUGUGAAGCUAGUAGUGACUCGAGAAAACAAAAGGAUGAUGGUUCAUCACCUUUAGGCAAGGUAGCAGUAUAUGAACCAGCAGCUGAAGUACCCUGUAGAGCAGACACGUCAGCUGAACUCAUGUGUGCAGAAGCAAUACUUGAUAUUUCAAAAACUGUAAUAUCAGCUUUGGAAAAUGAGCAGAAGAUGCUUCCAUUUGGUACCUUUCAUAAACCUGAAAAUGUGCCUUAUUCCUUGCAUAGUGACAACAGUUCAGUUGACAGUGAUGAUGGUAUUGAACAAGAAAUAAGAAACUUUUUAGCUCUUAAAGCACAAGCAAACACUCUGGCCUCCAGAGAUUUAGAACCUGAAAAAUGCACUUCACUUCAAGAGAAGAAGAAACAGAAUAAUGAUGAAUCUUAUUUGUCUGGCACACGUAAAUUAUCUUUAAAUCGCAAGAGGCGACUUAAAAGUAGCCCCAGCAGAGGAGAUGAAGUACUCAAACAGGAAAGUGCUGAGAAGAAAUUGUGCAUUGAACUUGCAUCUGCGUCCAGAUGUACUCUUCACUGUCAGAUUCGCAAGGAGGUAACUUCCUGCCAAAGAACUAGUUUUUUAGUUCUAAGAGAAAACCGUGCUGGUGGUGAAAAGUACAGUAAACCUAGCCAAAUGGAUUGGAAGUCAAGUCAUUCUGAUUUGCUAGAUACUACUAAUCAGGAAACCCAAAGGCAGCAAGGGAGAAAUUGUAUGCAGGUGAAGCCUAGAUUACAACCAAAACAACCUGGAUUUGCUGUAGAUGACAAAAGCAGUUCCCUGGACAGUGAUGAGGAUCUUGACAGUGCUAUUAAGGAACUUCUGCGUUCAAAGAAGAAACUUAAGAAAAAAGCUAAAGAUACAAAAUGUAAAAAAAGAGUCAGAUUUGGGGAUGUAAGAACUCAUUUUGUGGAUAAAACUGAUGAAAACAGGCAAAAAGAGUGGAGUGGCAAAAGCCAUACUACAUUAAAAAGUUGUCUCUCAAAAUCUAAAGUAGACUAUGUAAGGACAAAUGAAAAUGAACGGUUCCAGAAUUCUUGUAACAAGAAAAUCAAAAAGGAAAAAAUGGAGAGUGAAUGUCCUUCAAGUGUGUGUCACUUAAAUACUGUGCAAACUAGUGCCACAGAUUGUUUUACCGCUAGGACAUUGUCAGGAAGUAAAAUUGUUCCUGCUCAUGCACCUGUAUUGUCAGAUGAUAGCAGUUCUGUGGACAGUGAUGAUAGCAUAGAACAAGAAAUCCAAAAGUUUUUGGCUGAGAAAGCUAGAGAAUCUGAAAGUAAGGCUGCAGUAAAGGGCCACAGCAGGGCUCUAAAUAGGCUUGCAUGUUUUGACCAGAGCACAGAGAAGACAGACAGCUUCUGUAGUCAAGAAGAUGAGUCCUUCAGAGCAGCAAGUAAUCAGAGUGAGGUUAUGGAUGAUCAGAAGACCAAGGGAUCCAAAAUUAGUAGUCUUGUAUUAUGUAGUGGAGCAAACCUUAGGAUUCUAGCUGAAGUCAGUGAUGAGUGCAGUACAAAACACACAGACAUCCACAGUCUGUCUGUGGUAAAGCCAAACAUUAAACAAAAACAUGUUGACAAGAAGGGUAUAGAAACUCUAGAUAGUGUUUGUUCAACAGAUGUGCAGAGCAGCAUCUGUGGGAUCAAACAAGAAACCAAUGAGCUGCAGUGUCAUGAUGUCUGUAUCAAAACUGAAACUGUUGAUGGGCAGCAGGAGUCGUGCAUUGUGAAGUAUGCAAGUAAAAAUCAAAAUGAUAGUGCAGUGAGUGUAAUAAAAAGUCAUUUUAAGGGGCAAAAUAAACAACUUUCAGAGGCAACAGUCUGUCUUACUGAACAGCACACUACAAUGAAUAUAUUAACUGAAGUAGACAAUGUGAGUGAGGCAGAAACCUACAAGGAAAGCACUUUAAACAAAGCAUGCAGUGAUGCUAAUAAAGAUUAUCCAGGAACUCUACAAACAAGCAAAUAUUCAGAAGGCAGUAGUUGUAGUUCUCAAUUUACAGUCCAAAGUGUACACACAGCAUCCUCUGGGGAAGAGGGAAUUUGUGGUACUGGUAAAGAAACUAGCUAUUUUUGUGCCCCACUAGACACUAAACCUGAUUUACGAAAUUUCAAUACACCAAGGAUAUCUGUUUUAGCCAAAUGUGCAGCUGAAAGAUUUCAGCAACAAGAAAUGCUUGCCAUUUUCCCAAAUGAUCAAAGAGCAUCACAGUUUCAGGGAGACAGGUUAAAAAGAUCACAUUAUAACUGUAAUGAAAAGAAUGAAUCCAGGGUAGAAGAUUGUGAGCUUGCAGUCCAUAAUAUAGGCACAUUGCACUCAAGUAGUGGCUGCAGUUUGAAACAUGAGAAUAGUUGCCAAAAAGUGGAGAGGUGUGAGCAUGGUUUAUGGACUUCACCUUCAUUGCUGGUACAGGAAACUGGAUUUCCCAUCUCCGAGAGUGAACAGAAAGACAGGGAGUACAAAUUUAAUGUAACAUUACAAAAAGAGUGUUGCAGCCAGAAUUCAGAGCAGUUUUGUAAUGAGCCAGCUGACAGAAUUAAAGAAAAUUGUGAGAGUUCACAAGAGAAAGAAUAUAAUACAGAUUUGUAAGUAUUGAUAUUUUGUUUUGUAAGAAGAUUUUUGUAUAAAUUUAGUAAUGUAAAUAAGGAAAAAUUCUUGGCUUGGCCCAUAGGCAUUUAUGAGAUGCAGUGUAAAAAGUAGCUUGGGCAUGCCAUGAAGCAAAAUGUUUGUAAAUUUUCUUUUGUAAAAAAAAAAAUAUUUAAAAAGUCCUGCAAAAGCAAAUAUAAAAUGUAAAUUGUUUUGUA